GUCAUAACAAAACAAACCCAGUUUUUCUCUACCAUUCCAGAACCUUCUUUUGUGUGACCCAAAAGGGGGGAAAAGAACAACUUGCCGUGUGGUUUUUCCUUAUUUGAUUUCUUCGCAGUAUAGUUCUCCUAAUUUGUCGCCAAUAUUGAUUUCCAUAUCUAUAAAUGCCUUGCGCCGUUGCCCUUUUUUCUUCACAAAUCAUAAAUUAGCUUUCUAGCUUUAUUAUAUCGAUAUAUAGUCCUCUGAAUCAAGCAAAUCCAUUUUGAAGAUGCAGAUCUUUGUAAAGACUCUUACUGGCAAGACUAUAACUCUCGAAGUUGAGAGUUCAGACACGAUCGACAAUGUUAAAUCGAAAAUCCAGGACAAAGAAGGUAUUCCACCAGAUCAACAACGUUUGAUCUUUGCAGGAAAACAACUCGAGGAUGGACGGACUCUUGCGGAUUACAACAUUCAAAAGGAGUCAACUCUCCACCUUGUUCUUCGUCUACGUGGUGGAAUGCAAAUAUUUGUUAAGACAUUGACUGGAAAAACAAUCACAUUGGAAGUUGAGAGCACGGACACUAUUGAUAACGUUAAGGCGAAAAUUCAAGAUAAGGAAGGUAUUCCACCGGACCAACAAAGGCUGAUUUUUGCUGGGAAGCAAUUGGAAGAUGGGCGCACUCUGGCAGAUUAUAAUAUUCAAAAGGAGUCAACGCUCCACCUAGUCCUUCGCCUUCGUGGUGGAAUGCAAAUUUUUGUUAAGACCUUAACUGGAAAAACAAUCACGUUGGAAGUUGAGAGCUCGGACACGAUAGACAAUGUUAAGGCUAAAAUUCAAGACAAGGAGGGUAUCCCACCGGAUCAGCAGAGGCUGAUUUUUGCUGGGAAGCAAUUAGAAGAUGGACGAACUCUGGCUGAUUAUAACAUCCAGAAGGAAUCCACCCUUCACCUUGUUCUCAGGUUGAGAGGUGGCAUGCAGAUCUUUGUGAAGACUUUGACAGGGAAGACGAUCACGUUGGAGGUGGAGAGUUCCGAUACCAUUGAUAAUGUGAAGGCCAAGAUACAGGAUAAGGAGGGUAUCCCACCAGAUCAGCAAAGAUUGAUUUUUGCAGGGAAACAAUUAGAAGAUGGAAGAACUCUGGCUGAUUAUAACAUUCAAAAGGAGUCGACACUCCACCUAGUCCUUCGCCUUCGUGGUGGAAUGCAAAUCUUCGUUAAAACCUUAACGGGAAAAACCAUCACAUUGGAAGUUGAGAGCUCAGACACGAUUGACAAUGUGAAGGCGAAGAUACAGGAUAAAGAAGGUAUACCACCGGACCAGCAGAGGCUCAUCUUUGCUGGAAAGCAGUUGGAGGAUGGUAGGACCCUGGCUGAUUACAAUAUCCAGAAGGAGUCUACACUCCAUCUUGUGUUGAGGCUGAGGGGUGGAUUUUAAGUUUUUUUUUUCAAUCAGAUGUUUCUCUAUAGUGAUUGUUAAUGUUUGUCAUUAGCUUUAUUACAUCUUCUAGUGUUCAAUGCUAUGAAGUAUGGAUGGACUGUUUGCUUAGUGAAAUGUGAUUUCGUUUCUAAUGAAGUUUGUUUCUUUA